AUGCUGGAAAUUAUCAAGUUUGCGAAUUUAUUGACCAUUUCAAUAAUGAUCAUCCUGUUCUUUUUCCCUGCCCUUCAAUCAUCUCCUCCAGCAGAAGCCAUAAGAUCAUCAGCUUCAGUUAUUCCAGAAACAAGCUCAUUCUUCUUCAGAAAGGCUGCGGAAUUCAAGAAUGUAAAAGAUGAAAUUUGUAACCCCUCUUUUGUUCAUGUUGCUAUGACUCUUGAUGUUCAAUUCCUUCGGGGUACAAUUGCUUCUGUUCAUUCCAUUCUUCUGAAUUCUGUGUGCCCAGAAAACAUCUUUUUUCAUUUCAUCUCUUCAGAUACAGAGAAUGACCUUAUUUCCCUCAUCAAAGGCGUUUUUCCUUCCAUCAAACUGAAGGGGCACUAUUUUAAUCCAGAAAUCGUUCAGAAGAGGAUAUCUUCAACUGUUAGACAAGCCCUUGAACAGCCAUUGAAUUAUGCAAGAAAUUACCUGGCUCAUCUUAUUGGUGAGCCCGGUGUUGAAAGAGUCAUAUAUCUAGAUUCUGAUGUUGUUUUGGUUGAUGAUGUAUCAAAGCUAUGGGAAAUUAAUCUUCAAUCUGCAAUUCUGGGUUCACCAGAAUACUGCCAAGCUAAUUUCACCAAGUAUUUCACACACAAGUUUUGGUCACAGGAGAAAUUUUUCAAAGCUUUCUCCGGCCGAAAACCAUGUUAUUUCAACACAGGUGUUAUGGUGAUUGAUUUGGUCACGUGGAGAAAAAAUGGAUGCACAAAGAAGAUUGAAAGAUGGAUGGAAAUCCAAAAGGAUUACAGGAUUUAUGAUCUUGGAUCUUUGCCUCCGUUUCUUUUGGCUUUCGCUGGAAAAAUUGCACCAAUCGACCAUAGAUGGAAUCAACAUGGGCUAGGGGGUGAUAACCUGAGAGGGAAUUGCAGGCAAUUGCACCCUGGUCCGGUUAGUUUGCUGCAUUGGAGUGGGAAGGGCAAGCCCUGGCUCAGGCUAGAUUCUGGCAAUCCUUGCCCACUUGACCUAAUUUGGUCUCAUUAUGAUUUGUAUGGUUCAUCACUCUGA